CAACGUAACCAUUCUCGAUCUCUCCGCCAUCCAUCCUAUAUUAAUAUCUACCGAUCGAUUCAUUCAUUCAUUCAUUCUUUCUCCUUAAUCUCUCUACAGAUUUCAGCGGUAAUCACAGAUCUUUUGGGGUCUUUCACCGUUGCAUUGCGCUCUCGCGGCAAAAAUGGCAAAAAUCAUUCACAACCCUCUCGUGCUCAGCUCCUCCAGAUCUGCUGAAAAGUCUGAAUCUUGCUGCAAAUUAUCCGGACCCACCUCGUUUAUGAGCUCCAAAUUUCUCGGAAACAAGUUACUCUCUACUAACUCCGCGACUUCGCCUGCUACCCGCCGAUCCGCCGCCGUCGUCGCAGUUUCCUCCGAUGUUGUUAAGGAGAAAAAGCUCAAGUCCAGCUCCUCCCUCGCUAAUCUCCUGAUCACAAAAGAAGAGGGAUUGGUAUUGUAUGAGGACAUGAUUCUGGGAAGAGCCUUUGAGGAUAUGUGUGCCCAGAUGUACUACAGAGGCAAAAUGUUUGGUUUUGUCCAUUUGUACAACGGUCAGGAGGCCGUGUCGACUGGCUUUAUCAAGCUCUUGAAGCAGGAGGAUUGUGUGGUCAGUACUUACCGUGAUCACGUACAUGCAUUGAGCAAAGGUGUGCCUGCCCGCCAGGUUAUGAGCGAGCUCUUUGGCAAGACCACCGGUUGCUGCAGGGGCCAGGGUGGCUCAAUGCACAUGUUCUCCAAGGAGCACAACGUUCUCGGUGGAUUUGCUUUCAUUGGUGAAGGAAUUCCUGUUGCAACGGGGGCUGCCUUUACUAGCAAGUACAAGAGAGAAGUCCUGAAGGAGGAUUGUGAUGAGGUGACUUUGGCAUUUUUUGGAGACGGAACCUGCAAUAACGGCCAGUUCUUUGAAUGCUUGAACAUGGCUGCGUUGUGGAAGCUUCCCAUUGUGUUUGUUGUUGAGAACAACUUGUGGGCUAUUGGGAUGUCCCAUUUGAGGUCCACCUCAGAUCCUCAGAUAUGGAAGAAAGGUCCGGCAUUUGGAAUGCCUGGUGUUCAUGUUGAUGGUAUGGAUGUUUUGAAGGUAAGGGAGGUUGCACAGGAGGCUAUUGGUAGGGCUAGAAGAGGUGAGGGUCCGACUUUAGUUGAGUGCGAGACCUAUAGGUUCAGAGGACACUCGUUGGCUGAUCCUGAUGAGCUACGUGACCCUGCUGAGAAGGCUCAUUAUGCCACAAGAGACCCCAUCACCUCAUUGAAAAAGUAUCUGUUCGAAAACAACUUGGCCAAUGAAGCAGAGCUGAAGGCCAUAGACAAGAAGAUUGAUGAAAUCAUCGAAGACUCUGUUGAGUUUGCUGACGAGAGCCCAGUUCCAGCACGCAAUCAACUGCUGGAAAACGUGUUUGCUGAUCCGAGGGGAUUUGGGAUUGGACCCGAUGGCAAGUACCGAUGUGAGGAUCCUAAAUUUACACAAGGAACUGCUCAGGUGUAGCCUCAAAGUGUAUGUGGAAAUCAGCAGCCAUAACUGAUAGGGGGAACAAGCUUAGUCUUAUAUGUGCUAGUGUUUUGGGGGAUCUUGUUGCCAAGGCAGUUUCAGUAUUACAAUUCUGUUUCUUUUUCUUUUUGUGGAUCUAAAAUAUGGUUGUUUGUGGGAACCUAUUUGAGUUAGCGGUUGAGUUAUUCUUUGGUGUAUAAACAAGGAACUUGACGUAUAUUCUUUACUUUCACUGGUUUGAAUGCAAAAUUACUAAUAGUGGAGUUA